ACUAUCAAAAAGAUGUAUAAUAGACAACUUGAAAGGAAUCGCCUAUCCAUUUUAAGAUAUGACGGUGCGAAAACAAAACAUUAAAUCGGUUGUCAUAUAUCACCUGUGAUUUUUCGAGACUUUGUUAAAGAGGAUAAAAUAAAGGAUACACAUUAUUUAAAACAGUAUAAACUGUAGACUUUUUACUUUGUGAAGUACACCACUGCGUCGAUAUGUUCGCUCUACCGACGUUGCAUUUUACACCGCAGCAAGUGGCGCAAGUUUGUGAAACUUUAGAAGAGAGUGGUGACAUUGAAAGACUCGGACGGUUCCUAUGGUCAUUACCGGUCAAUCCGUCGGCACUGGAGGCCCUUAACAAACAUGAGUCAAUUCUUCGUGCACGCUGCCUGGUUUGCUUCCAUACUGGUAACUACAGGGACUUGUACCAUAUCAUUGAGUCUCAUAAGUUCGGGAAGGCAUCUCAUGCCAAACUUCAAGCAAUGUGGCUGGAAUCUCAUUACCAGGAGGCCGAGAAACUCCGUGGUCGGCCACUUGGCCCAGUUGACAAGUACAGGGUACGCAAGAAGUUUCCAUUACCUAGAACCAUUUGGGACGGUGAGCAGAAGACGCACUGUUUUAAGGAACGAACCAGAAACCUCCUCCGUGAAUGGUAUUUACAAGACCCAUAUCCGAACCCGACAAAGAAACGUGAACUUGCACAGGCUACAGGUCUGACACCGACCCAAGUUGGAAACUGGUUCAAGAAUAGAAGGCAGAGAGAUCGGGCCGCAGCAGCGAAAAACAGAUUAAAUAGUCAAGGUGGGGACAGUUCAAGGUUAGAUCAUUAUCAGGGCUCUUCACCAGACCGAGACUCCUCCACCGAUUUCGACGAUCUAGACGUUGACGAUAAGUCGUUUGAAGAAGAUGACGACGAAAAAAUCGAUAUCGAAAAUGAAGAUGAAACCGGAAGUACAACAUCAUUAGCGUCUCCGUCAGCCACUCUCACAGCCCCACCUACUCCGCAGAUAUCGCCCACCUGACUAUAUGGCCUGCAAAACCGGGAUUUAACUUCAGCAGUCAGUAAAGCGACUUUCCUUCCCCAGCCAUGGGCUUUGAACUUAAGUGUCCCUAAGAUGAACCUUAACCCAGGGCCUGUUAGGUCAUUUGGCAUAGACGAUAUUUUACACAAGCCGCUAGAUUUCUCACAAAGUAGUCUUCAACAAUUACAACAUAAUCUUAGGCACGUGCAUAGUAGUUUUCCUUAUAAAUAUAUGAAUAAUUAUAUGGCUAAUUUUCAACAGACACAUACCGUAACUUCGCGUGACGUGGAGCAGACGGACAAAAUUGAAUCCACGUGCCGCCGCGAAAAUCCGGAAAGCAGCGAGAGCGCGCAAUCCGGAAAUGGGGAUUAGUGUCAGAGUAGAUCCAAAUGUUAGGUAGAUAAAGCAUGAAAAUAACACCUAUAUGCGACCGGGAAGGGAAUUAGCUUUCUUCUGGAAUUACUGAUGAUUUGUUUAAUUUGUAAAUAAUUUAGAAAUCGUGGCAAUUUACAAUAAUGGAUGUCAAGAUUUAUACAUUUCAAACAUAAAGACAUGAUUAUGAACACACAAAGUGCUACGUUUGUUUUCUUUGUAAACAGUUUAUCCUUAGUAUUUAUCAAUUAAAGAGUUUUGUGUGUUGAAAAAAGUCUGCGGAUUCCAGAAAACUAAAAUGAAAGAAAUCUCAUUAUUUCAUGAAAGAAUUUCCAUAAUAUGAAAAACAUGCACGGUAAAUGGAAUCCUCGCUGAAUAUAUGUAUGAAAGUCUACAGUUGAUUAACAUUAACUGAAAAAUAAAAAGAGGACAUGUUUUCUAAGGUAUUUCGGGAGGUUUAUUUCCUUUGUAAAAUUCAUUUUAGUGAAAAAAAUACCAGAAAGCACCCCAAUAUUGUUGGAGAAUCAUCAAUAGUACAUUAAGUGUUUUGAUAUACAUGUAGUUAUGUUCCAGAUAGCUUUAACAAUUCCUUGCCAUCAUCAUAAUGUUAGUAUGUGUUUUCAUAUAAGAAUGGUGUAUAUAUUAAUUCGGAUAUGUGCUUGUUUACGGACAGACGAAUCGUCAUGAUGAUAUUCAUAACAUUUAAUUUAACUAUACUUCUUUCAUUUUUUUUCUUUCCUAAAUAUGAUAAUAGUUUUCCACAAAUACAAAACUCACCUUGUUUGUAUAACCUAUAUUUUGUUUAAUUGUUAAAAAUUAGAAUAAUCGGUUGUUUAAUUAUAGCAAUACAGUUUCAAAUGGGUAAUUUAUUUCUUUCAUUAAGACGUGUGUGUUUUUCUUCUAAAUUUUCUUUUCUUCUACACUUGUAAGAAAAUCAGUAUAAAGAACACCUAUAUGAACAACAUAUUUUUAUAAGAAUUUUUAAAAUUGGGACUACUUUGUUUCAAAAGUAGUUCAGGCUUUACAUAGAGAAUUGACAUUGACAUGGCGAAACGAAAUCUACAAUAACUGAUUGUGAUGUCAUUAAAUGACGAGUUUCAGUUUUUUUCGUAUAUUUGGGUUCUUUUUUUAUUUUUAAACAGUAUGCUUCAAUUUGAGAUAUAUUUUUCUUCUUUUCAUUCAUUUUAUCUUAUUUCAGUCGUUAUUCUUUGAUCAAAUGUUUAUCAUGUUUGUAGAAUAUAGUCAUUUCAUUGUUUAUUUUCUUGUUUUUUACCAUAUUGAUUUUUGUCGGCAUUGUUUAAAUUAUUAUUGAUCUAUAAAGUAUUGAAACAUA